AUGAGCAAAUCAUGUACAUUAUCGAUAUGUGCCCUUCUUCUGUUACAUCUAACGAAUACAGUUCAUUCAUUGGAUGUAGACGCUUUUCAACGCAUUUUCAACAGUACAUCACUUUCCACAGAACAAAUUACAGAGAUGGCUGCAUUAUAUAAUGAGAAGGUUAAAGUGAGAACAGCCAAGAAAUCUGUUUUAAGCUAUUUGAAUGAGCUGGAUGAUGUGCCACCUAAAGAGCUUAAGAAUAUCAAAAAGCUUUUUGUUGAGAUGUGGUCAGAUGAAUUACUUCUUCGUAAGCUAUCUAAUGAAUCAUUCACAAACAUCCAAGGCCUGAUUGAUCCCAAUCUUCAAACAAAAAUUGAUGAACGUAGACAACAAGCCGAUAAAAAAUACGGUGGCGAUUUUGCCAAAGUUCAACUUGAAGCUGUUCGAUUUGCCGUACAAUCUGUUCCAGCGUCAGAGAAAGUCAAACUUCAACAAGAACUUGACAAACCGUUGAAAAAUUACAAUUCAACAGCCAAACGACAACGUUUGGUAAAAGCUAUCGGACGAUUCCAAGUGGAUGAGAAGAAUAGCACGUCAAAGCAAUGA